AUGGCUAGAGUAAAACAAACUGCCAGACGCCCAUCAAUAUCAUCAAAAUCCAUUUCACUAGACUCUUCUUCUACCUCAAGUGGAAGAACUCUUUCACCUUCACCUCCUCCACCUCCCUCACCUCUAGCUAAACGUGUUUCGAUCCCUACACAUAAAGUUUUAGCCAAGGAUAAAGGCAAAGUUGUUGCCAUCAAUCAGGAACCAAGUAAGAAGAGGAAGGCUCCUCAGUUAGAAAAAUUAAUGGGUGAUGCUAUGAAGGGAGCCACCCAGAAGAAGAAGAAGCCUUCAUCUCCACCAAAGAAGGUUCAGCCUUCAAAGGAAAAACAAGUGGAAGUAUGGACAAGAGCUCCAUCUACUGCUGAUCAGGCACAACCCAGUGCUGAUCAAGCCCAAGCAAAUGCCCAACCACCUGCACAAUCUGAAACAUCUUCUGAGAUCAUGACGAAGCUGCUGGAGUUUAUGAAGAUUCAAGUUGCCCACAACGAAAGAGUGGAAGCCUCUCUUCGAAAGCUUCAAUCAACUUUGAACUCUGUGGUUCAGGAUGUGGAUGCUAUUCAAGAGCACUUGGGGCUCAAAAUGUCUUUUGAAGACAUUGCAGAGAUCGGACGACAAUCAACCGAAGAUCCAAACCCUGUCAACCUAGAUGGAUCUGAUCCUCCGGGGGAGGAGACACCUGCUGAGGUUAAUACAGCGGUCUCUCCUUCUCCUGCAGGUGAUAAUGAGGAUCAGCCCUAG